AUGGAAAACUUGCCUAUGGGAAAUCCUGUGGAGAUGUUGAAGACAUACACUGAGAUGAUGACGAAGAUGCAAGCUCAGAUGAAUGUUAUGGAGGCAAAGGAUGAUGCUCGUGAUAAGGAAAUCAAGGAGUUGAAAAAGAAGGAUGCUGACAACGAGAAAAAGCUUAGGGCUCUUGAGAAGGAUAAUAGGAAGCAGAAGAAGGAGAGUGUUACCAAUAAGGGUGCUUUGGGUGUACUUAGGAACGAUAACAGAAAGUUGAAAAGAAAUAUUGCUGCGAUGAAGGUUGGCGAAGAGGGGAUUGAAGUUAUAGGUGGAACAGCGACUCCAACACUGCAUAAGACUAUAAAUUAUACGAAGACUGGUGAAAGUGAUGAGGGAACAGUUGAGAAGUUCUCUUUGGGUAUAAGUAGACCUGACUUUGGUGGGCAACUUGAUAUGAGUCGUGAGAUUGUAAGUAACUUGCUCAAAUCUGUUCUUGACCAGCCAAUUAAGUUUGUUGAGACUCUUGUAUUGAAAAUGGAAAGGUUCUUCUUAGUGAGAACACUGCUGUUGAUCUUCCAAUGGAAAGUGAGACGAUUACCGUUAUGAACGCCAAUGAAGUUGAAGAUGCAGUGAGACUUAGUGCUGAGAGGAUUAUAGGUAAAAUCGAGUCUUACCAGGAUCGUGGCAGCAAUUGGAGGGUUAUCUUUGUUGAGAGACAUGAAGUUGACAUUGUUCAUUUCAAUCCAUUGGUCGGCAGUUCAUUUAUCGAGUUACCUGAUAGUCUGAAGUCUGAUAGGAACGGGCUAAUCAAUAUUGAGAACAUGGAUGACAACGAGUGCUUUAGAUGGUGUCAUGUGAGACAUUUGAUGUCAAAAGCUAAGAGGGCAACUAAGAUUACUAGGUCUGAUAGAAAGUUUGCUGAGACACUUGAUUAUAGGGGUAUUGACUUCCCUGUGAGGAUAGACGAUAUACCUAAAAUAGAGAGGGCAAACGAAAUUAGAAUUACAGUGAUCAUGUUGAGGGGAGAGAAGACGUUCUUCCCAAGAUAUACUUCAAAGAGUAAUUAUAAGGACCAUAUGGAGUUGCUGUUAAUUGAGGACAAUGAGGGAAAUAGUCAUUAUGUCCUUGUGAGGGAUAUUAGCAUGCUACUCAGCAGUCUACAUAAGACGCAGCAUAAGAAGUAUUACUGUCUCAGUUGCCUCAAUGGUUUCAACUCACAGGAACGUUUGGAUGAACAUAUAGAGACAUGUAGAGAGGUAAAUGGAACGCAGAAAACUGUGAUGCCAAAGAGAGGUAGUAAAGUUAUGUUUAAGAAUCAUAGGAGACAAUUAUCUGUUCCGUUUGUGAUAUACGCUGACUUCGAAUCACAGCUGAUCCCUGUUGAUGGAGAUGGAAAGUGUUUACGCAAGACACAGAGCCAUGAGAUGUGCAGUUAUGGUUUUAAGAGAGUGUGUUACUAUGAUGGUAAGUAUGAUGGUGAAUAUAAGAGUUAUAGGGGAGUAGGUGCGACUGGGAGGUUCCUAACCGAUGUGCUAAAUGAGACUGAGGAAUGCAAUAGGAUUAUUCAAGAUGAGUUCACUAAAGAGGCAGUUAUGAGUGUAAAUGACUAUACGGAACUUGAGGGAGCAACUGAGUGUCACAUCUGUGGUGGUAAGUUCAGUGGCGACGAUAAAAAGGUGCUUGAUCAUUGUCAUGUAACUGGUAAAUUCAGAGGCGCGGCCCAUAACUCGUGUAAUCUAAAUUAUAAGUUAACUGGAAAAAUCCCUGUUGUAUUCCAUAAUUUACGGGGAUAUGAUAGCCACUUUAUUAUGCAGGGAGUUGCGGGGCUUGGAGAGAGAAUUGAGGUUAUCGCCAACAAUAUGCAAAAAUACAUGUCCUUCAGAGUGGGUAAACAGUUGGUCUUCAUUGACUCUAUGCAGUUCAUGAGCAGUAGUCUUGAGGCUCUUGUUGGGAAUCUUGAUAAGAGUCGUUUCAAGAGAAUGCAGUGUGAAUGGAAAGGUCAGGAUCUUGAAAUGUUGCUUGAGAAGGGAGUUUAUCCUUACGAAUAUAUGAGCGACUGGAGUAAGUUUAAGGAAAAGUGCUUGCCUGGGAAAUCUGCUUUCUACAGUUCAUUGAAAGAAGAAAGUGUUAGCGAAGAUGAUUACCUAAGAGCGUGCAAGAUGUUUGACAAGUUUGGUUGCAGGAGUUUGGGCGACUAUCAUGACUUGUACUUGAAGACUGACGUGCUGUUGUUAGCAGAUGUAUUUGAAGACUUUAGGAGAGGUUGA